AUGGUGGAUCUCACUCAACAGACGGAUAUCACGAUCUUUGCACAUUGUUACGGCGGGAUUGUUGAAAUCGAUCUACGUCAGCUCCUCAAACAACAAUCGACAAUCCGUCACCAUCAGGCCUGGACGUCACAGAGGCGGGUCAAGAGGGCGAUCCCUGACAUCGAUGACGUGGAAUGGAACUCGACCUUGGCUUAUGUCCAUGACAGGCACGCAGUCUUCACCUUUUACAGCAACAGCAAGGACUCUCACCAACGCACACAUCAUAUCAAAAAGCUGCAUGGAAUGCUGCCCACUCUGACCUCCAUGCAGGCUCGCAAGCCCAACCUGUACCCAACAUGCGUGUGCCGACGAUGCGAGCUCGAGAAUGAGGAUAACGAUCACGUCUGGAAAUGCCCUUCGGCAGCUGAGACCACCACUGAGAUCUGGAAGGAGGCCAUGGGCAAGAUUAACGAGUGGGGUGUGCAGGCGACAAACAGCUACAACGCAGCCAGGAAGCGAGAAUACAAACGCGCGGUGGACAGAGGUCGUCAGGUACCGAGGCCAGUACCCAUACACUGGUGGCCCCCUUCGGAUGCGGAUCAUGUGCGAGGAUUUUCCUCCAUCGGUGGAGCUCGAGCCGUGCACAGCGGUAGUCCAGCUCCCGAUCGAGACGAGAAACCGAUGUGGAAUGUGUCGGAUCUCCUCCGCGGCAUCACCCCCUUGAGCAUGUUGACUGAAUGGUCCGCGGUCUUCCGGACCCCAAUGUCCAUCGCCAAGACAGUCCUUCACAAGUUUGUUGGCUACCUGGAAAACACAGGCUUCGGAGCUGAUCUGGAAACCCCGAUGCUCCGCGACGAUCGCGUGGGAGCAGGCCCAGGGUAUCUCUACCAAGGACCCAUACGCUGCUGA